CCAACCUGAGGAUUGAGCAUGUCCCAAAAAACAAAAAGAUAGCAAGUUUUCAAGACAUUAGGAAAAGCCAUGGGAGGCGCCAAGGUCAUCUCAACAAGUACAGUGCAAGCCGCGAGCCAUAAUGUUAAUGAGUAUUGCUCAACUCCAAGAGUUGAGUUAACUCCGUGGGAUCUCCAACUCCUUCUUGUUGAUCCCAUCCAAAAGGGACUCCUCUUUCACAACCCGAAAACCUUAUCACAACAUAUUCAACAUCUGAAAGUCUCCCUUUCUCGAACACUUGACUUCUUUCCUCCACUUUCCGGUCGCCUUGCCACUAUUCACCACGACGAUAACACCACCUCCUUUUUCAUCAAUUGUAAUAAUGCAGGGGCCCUGUUUGUCCAUGCCAAAGCCUACGGUGUUACCGUCUCCGACAUAAAUGAAUCUGGCUAUGUUCCUCGUGAUGUUGUCCACUCUUUUUUUCCUCUAAAUGGUGCUAAAAACUACGAGGGAACCUCUAAGCCGCUGCUUGCAGUGCAAGUAACUGAGCUUGGGGAUGGUAUUUUCAUAGGCUGCACCGUCAACCACACAGUUGUUGAUGGCACUUCCUUUUGGCACUUCUUUAACUCUUGGUCCGAAAUUUCUCGGGGUUUUGAUUUUGUCUCAAAACCACCUGUUCUUAAGCGUUGGCUUCUCGAUGGUACUAUUAGUCCCAUUCGAAUUCCAUUCUCAAAAAUUGAGGAUCAAGUCUCCGAUAAAUACAUCGGAAAUAUCCGAGUACCAUUACUAAAAGAAAGAGUCUUUCACUUCUCAAAGGAAAAAAUUGCUCAACUGAAAGCAAAAGCCAAUGCUGAGAUUCAACUUGAAAAUACUAAAAGAAAAAUCUCUUCUUUACAAGCAGUGUUAGUUCAUCUGUGGCGGUCUAUAAUCCGUGGUAGUAAUGGAGAUCUUGAUCCUGAUAAAGAAAGUAGUUAUCGAUUACUCAUAGGUGCUAGGUCAAGAAUGAACCCACCAUUGUCACAACAAUACUUUGGCAAUGCAGUUCAAGCAGGGACUGUGACCAUCAAAGCAAGGGAGGUUAUCAAGCGCGGGCUUGGUUUUGUGGCUUGGGAAAUGAACAAGAUGGUGGCUUUGCACACAGAAGAGAAACUGAGAAAAUUCUUGGAGUGUUGGGUACAAGAGCCUAAGUUGCUGACAGAAGGAAACAUGGCUGCUAACGCUUUGGUCACAAGCAGUUCACCGCGGUUUGACGUGUAUGGAAAUGAUUUUGGUUGGGGAAGGCCAGUUGGGGUGAGAAGUGGUGCUGGGAAUAAGUCACAUGGGAAAAUCACAGUGUUUUCUGCGGUUGAAGAAGGUAGCAUUGAUAUUGAAGUUUGUCUUUUGGCUGAGACUUUGGAGGCUAUGGGAAAUGAUUCAGAAUUCAUGGAUGCGGUCACAGUCUAGUUGUAGGACCACCUUCGGGUUUGUGGAUGAACGCUCUGUAUCCUCUACCCUUAUACUCCAAGGAGCUAAUAUCGCCUAAUGUUUUAUUAAAAUAAAUGUUUUGAUGCAUAAUCAAAUUAUCAUUCUCUGUUGAUAUGUCCAAUUUGCUGGUGUAAUCAUUUCUUCUCAAUUAAUAUUCAAUAUAGAAAAUGCAUGUCAUGCAUUUCUAAUUUCUAGA